AAAUCUGCUUUGCUUUAUUUACGCGUAAUUAAUCGCACAUGUCACUUUAUUCUUUAUUAUCCGGAGACAAUCAGUCCUGCAUGGAAAAUUAGGGUUUUUUCUGCUUUUUCUUCAGGAUCCAGCAUAAACAAGCGCCCGGGAAAUAUAACCUAACCAUAGAGGAUGUCAAUCAUAAGGAAUUUCUUCUCUCGUGUAUUGAACACAUUGCCCACAACGCCCCAAAUCCAAGUUGUGAGAUUUCGUUAUCAUGCCGACAAGUUGGCUAGGGGGCCUCUCCGUCGAAGGUAUGGCUACUUCGAUCCGAUUAUCCAGGAAGGCCUUCUUCCUCGAUAUGAUUGUGGGCGGAAACUACCAAUGCCGGAGUACAGACCAAAGAAUCCUUACUCUCUGAAGAGAGCUGUUAUGGGGCAAAAUGAUUACAUUGAUAUCCUUGGGAAUGACCGCCUACAUCCCACAAAAGUGCUUUAUUCUAUACCCGCCUGGAUUCGCGGUGCAUCCGGAAAUGAAUAUCAGCUGCUGCUGAGAAAGAGGAAGACUCUUUGCAACUCACUGUAUCCCAUCGUAAGUCCUACGAAGUGGAAAAAUAUGCAGAAACGCAUUAAGUACUUGAAUUACUAUCUUAACAAGAAAACUAGAACGAGUUUUUCACCGUCAAAAUAGAAAGAGU